UCGCGGCGCCUGUUAUCAGCUCACAACACACACAGGAAGUCCUGUCUGGGAUUGUCCAUCCCCGGCCUGAUUUAUACAGGAAGAAAAGCAUAAAAAGCCGCCCUUCCACCUCAGCAGCCACCUCCUGCCUGUGCGUGGCCGACAGCUGACCAUGACAGGGCCAUCGGGCGGGUGCCUGGGCCCGUUGGACCCGGGGUGGCCGGGCAGGGAUGGCCACCGGGAGCCAUGUGGGAGCACAGCACUGGGGCUGCUCCCAGCGCAGCGGGGGACAGUGGGGUGCCACAGGGUCUAACAUUUGUGGAAUCAAUUCACUGAGCAGAGAAUAAAAAAUAAGAAGAAACAACAAGGCUUUGUCAGUGAUGAAAUUAAUUUAAGACUGGAUUGGGAAGCUGCGCGAGGCAGAAGUCCAAAUGUGGUGGCUGGAUCCUGAGCAUCCUCAAAAAUCCACCUCUGAGCAGAAGUGGAAAACACGGAGUCUGUCCUGGCAGAGUCUCAGUAUUCUUCCCUGUAAUCUGCCGAUGGAGUUACUCCCCUCUAUCUGCUGUUCCACUACCAUCUCUCACAAGUUUCCCUGGAGUAAGAAACCAAGAUGCUCCUUAAGGAAAGGAUCCCUGCCCAGGACACAUGAUGGAGCACCGUGGACAAGGGUUCCACGCUGAAGGACGGGACAUGUGGUAGGAGGCAGCGCACCCCACUGAAGAGCGAGAGCUGGUCGUGCUGCACAGCCCGGGGUGCUGUGGGAGGGACAGGACAUGUGCCACCUCAGCUGCCUCCUCUCGGGACUCCUCCUCAUCCUCAGCACCACCAGCACGGAUGGCUUUGCCCGGGCAGGCCGCAGGGUCUGUGCCGCGGCACCGCAGAGCCGGGCGGGCGCCUACACCGAGUCCCACGUCCAGCCCGUCUACCAGCCCUACCUCACCACCUGCCAGGGCCACCGUGUCUGCAGCACCUACAGGACCAUCUACAGAGUUGCCUAUCGGCAGAGGUACAGGCAGCUGCCCGAGCCCGUGGCCUCGUGCUGUCCCGGCUGGAGCAGAGCAAACACUCACACGCUCAACUGUAACAGAGCUCUCUGCUGGGUGCCGUGCCAGAACGGCGGGAGCUGCACCUUCCCUGGCAGAUGUGCCUGCCCACCCGGCUGGACGGGGAGAGCCUGCCAGACAGAUGUGGAUGAAUGUGCCAGCCAGAGCCAUGGCUGCAGCCAGCUCUGCGUCAACACAGCCGGGAGCUACCGCUGCACGUGCCAGGAUGGCUUUGCCCUCGCUGCUGAUGACAAGGACUGCCGGCCCCUGGUGCCAGUGCCCGAGAUGGACACCUUCAGCCAAGCAGGUCCCUCCAACGAAGUGAAGGAAGAAAUGAAUGACCUGAGGAGCCGAGUGGAAGCGCUGGAGCAGAAACUCCAGCUGGUGCUGGCCCCUUUCCACAACCUCAUGCCAUCAGCACCGGAGGACGUCGGCACAGACCCCAUCAGUCGACUGUCCCACUCCCUCCAGCAACUGGACAGAAUUGACUCCCUGAGUGAGCAGAUCUCUUUCCUCGAGGAGCGGCUGGAAACGUGUAAGUGCCUGGAAAAUCAGGGCUGAAGGAUUUCCCUCCACCCACACUGGCCACAGUGAGCAGAUGCGGGCCAGCGAGAUCAGUAACACAUAUGCCACUGUUAAUCUAGAUCUCCCUCAAGCUCAGCAGCCUGCAAUUAAUAAAAGAUGAACACAAACAGCCCAUUAGCUUCAUUUCAAAGCCAUUUCUGUGGCUGCACCAUCUGACUGCCCAUGUAGCAGCCAAAAAUUGUAAGGUUGGCACAAGGAAACGUGGCUGCAGGGCAGAGCAGAGGGAGCCACUGUGAGCAGUGGGUCACGUCUGGCAAUCAGCACCUCGUGGCUGCAGUCCCUUCCUGUAUCCUUGUAAUUUGGUCCUUAGAAAAGAACUCCCUGCUCUUAGGAAAUUAACAGUCCACGAAGUCAAUCAGGGAAAUUUAGGGAGCGUGCAAAAGUUGGCAGAUUUACGAGCCUGGGAAGUUUUGGGCAUUUCUUUUUGAAGCCUACAGACCAAGCAGUGCACCAGAGAGGGUCUCCAGAGUAGCAAACUGAGCAAGAGACCUCAGUGAGAGUUGCCAUGGGUGAAGUGGCUGGAGGUGGGGGGGUCCAGCCUGGCAUGUCCCCCCAUGGCACCACAGAGAGGGGCAGCAUCCCCUCAUGGCCCUGUGGUGCUCUGGAGAGUGGCAGUUUGACUCCAAGCAGAGCACAACCAUGUGAACACUUUAUUUUGAUAGGGAGCUCUUUGCAGCUCAUUUUCCCAUUAAAUAAUUCCAGAAACUAGGCAUGGCUGGGCCAGCUCAGGAGCUGGUGUGCAGCAACAGCCCGGAGCUUGUGGCAGGAGACUCAAGGGAAACUGGUUCAGGGCAUAUCCAGUCCCAGUUCACUGCUUUCAGUAAUGGCUUAGAUGGAAAAGAAUUCAAAGAACUUGUUUGAAGACAAAGUAGCUGCAAAUAGACACUUAAAAAGCAUCUCAGAAAGGGGUAAUUAUCAGAACCAUGGAGUGUUCCAGCAGACUGAGUUUCCUAGUAGUGCUCUGUACAUAUUAUUAGUGACAGCACUGAGGAAUGUGAGCAGUAUCACAAGGUAACAUGGAUUUAUUCCAAGGGAUGACUCCAAAGUGCUGAAAUUAAUUUUUGCCAAGCCUGCUCCAGCAAGCAAAACUUGUUUUUGUUCCUUUUCAUGGUCUUGCAAAGUCCCUGGAGGACACAAAACUGUCCUGUCAUACUCCAGCAAGCCCUGGGGCUCGCAGGGCAUCCCAUGGAGUUACUCAGCCAUCCACGUUCUGUGCCUGGUGAAGCAUUUCACAACUGAAUGCUACAGUAAAACUGCACUCCCCAAUUAGCUGCUCAGUGGGGGUGUGUGUAAGGACCAAGAAAAACUACUUUCUCUUUAAACCACCAGCAAAGGCACCAGAGGAGAGCUCUUGAAGCCAUAACCCCUUUGGCCCCUCUAAGUCUGAAUUAGCCCUGAUCCAGCACAGACUGUCACUGUUACUGUCACUGGCUUUGGGACACUGCACACAGGGCCCAGGCAAGGACUGUGACACACCAGGGAGGUGAGAGUGACACUCCCUAGUGUGGUGGGACAGAGUCAGCCUAGGGUUGUUUGCCAAAGGGAAAGCUGCAAGUGUGGGUGAUAUUCACAGAGGUUUAAGGUCAAUCUGCUUGGGAAAGAGACAAACCAAACCCAGGCUACGGAUGUUGCUGAAUUGUUUCUUUUUUUCCAUCU